AUGGCGGAAUCCAAUGGAGCGCUCAAAGCUGCCAACGGCUUCACCAACGGCAAGGCCAAGCCCGCGGGCAAACCGGCGGCUGCUGGUAAGAGACGAGGUGUCGUGAAGCGACGGGGCUUUUUGUCGUGGUUGUUCAAUCAAGUCGCCUGGCUCGCGACGUGGUUCAGCAUUCUCACUGUUCUCUUCCGUUGUCCUCCUUCCCUCGAGGCUUGCGACGAUACAUCCCCGUUCAUCUGCCAAUAUUACUUCAAGACCAAGACCUUCGUGGCUCCCUACGUCCAGCCUUACUACGACGAGUACGCUGCGCCCUACGUUGAUGUUGCGCAGCCCUAUUACGACACACUCAAUCAAAAAGUUCUCGUCCCGGCACACAAGUAUGCUGUUCAGUACGGAACACCAUACGUAGAAAAGGCACAAGAAUUUGGCCUGGCCCAGUGGGAGAAGAACGGGCAGGUGCAGCUUCAGAAGAUCCAAGGACUUGUGCGCGACAAGUACGACGACAAGGUCGGCCCAUACAUCACGCAGGCCAAUGAUGUGCUGGGCCCAUACGUCGAUGCCGCCCAAACCGAGGCUUAUCAAGUCUACUACGAGUACCUUCUCCCCGGCUACACCUUUGUCCAGCCAUACGCUAUCGAUGCAUACCGCACUACGUCCAAGUUCGCGGCUGAUACCGCCCUGCCAACUGCCUCCUGGGCUUGGGGGAAGACUAGCUCCUUCCUUGAUACCGCAAUCUGGCCGCAUCUUCGGGUCAUCUACGUAGAGAAUGUUGAGCCCCAGCUUGUCCGUAUUGGGGAGCGCCUCGGACGUUAUGGAACUCGGGUCAAGUCCCAGGUCGAGAGGCUCCCCGACUUCGAGAGCAUCACGACAACUUCGGCAUUUAGCAAACCCACUGUCCAGGCUACCAGCGCCGCGACCGUUGAAGCGACGGCGUCCGAAACCCCCCGAGUCGAGAGCAAGGAGGCCUAUGCGCAGCCAGUCCAAGCACCAGCCCCUGCAGAGAACGAGAACGACAAGCGCAAGAAGGCACGCGAGAUGGUGGCACAGGAUCUCGAGCAAUGGCAGAAUCGGUUUGCCACGCUUGCUGAUGAAGGCGCCAAUGAUAUGGAAGAGCGUGUCGACGAGAUUGCCAAGCAGAUGAUCGAAGCCGAGGUCAAGAAGACCGGAACAAGUUUGAUGGAACGCCUGGAGGCUACUGUCGAGUCCGAGGUCAAGACACUCAAACAAAAGAUCUCGGCCCUCGUUAAGCAGAGCACGACGGGCCUCAAAGAUCCCGAAGAGGAGGCAGUCAAGGCAGUCCGGAAUGCCGGCGCUGCUAUCAAGCAAAAGGCGCAAGCAAUCCGCGAGUGGCGCAAGAAGUAUGAUAUUGACUUGCAGAACACCGUCGUCAACGCUGCUGAUGCUCACUUCAAAUUACUUGACGAGACAAGAGGCCUAGCCUUGCAACAGAUUGGCAUGAAGUGGGCUUGGACGGAUGGUGUGACAUACAAAGACUGGCAAAAGUACCAUGAGCUCAAGACAACAUUUAGCGCGUGGACCGACCAGCUCAAGCAGCUCAUCGUUACCCACCCUGCCCUCCUGGCGGCUCAAGAGGCCUCAGCUCAGGUCGAGGACGAAUCCAUGGAGAUUGCUUCUAAUGCUGCCAAAGAACUGGGGCGUCUUAAGGAAGUCACCCAUUGGAAGGUUUUGGCGCAGGACUCGUCGGACAACUUCAGUCUGGAGGAGAUGAAGCUUGCUGCUGAGGCUGUUGAGGCCGCCGCCGUCGCUGCCGAGGAGGCUAGACUGGCAGCGGUCAAAGCAGCAGAGGAGGCAGAGGAAGAGGCGAAGAAACAGGCUGAACGAGCUGCCGCAGAAGCCAGGGAGGAGGAAGAACGUGCCGCUCGUGCCGCUGAGGCUGGUGAGGAGCCUGCAUCCCAACCCGAGACACCUUCUAGUGCUGAUUUUGAUGAAGCUCAGGACAAUUCUGAAGAUAGCACCGGCUCCUCUCUCCCCACUUCUGGGGAUGAGAGUGACGAAGAGGAAGCUGGGAAAGCUGAAGAUAUUUCCUCUACUGUCCCAGAUGAAGCUGAGAGCGCGACUGAAGUCUCAGAAUCUGCUGAUGAGACCAAGGAAGCCGAGGAGUCCUCUACCGUGAGCAGCCUCCUGUCCGAGGCCUCUGAAGUUUUAUUAUCAGGAACGACCCUCAUUGUUGCGAAUGGUUCGGACGGCGCAGACGGUUCAGAGGACUCCAAGGCUCCUGAGCCUCCAAAGCGUGCUGAAGACAUUGAUGAAGAUGUUGGCUCACAAGCAGAUUCUCACAAGGCGUACGAGACUCCAUCAGCUAAGCCAGCCAUGUUCGGAGCAAUGGCUCAGGCCGUCCGCAACCGUCAGCCCAUCCUUGAAGACUACGAGGAUGAUGAGACUGAUGAUGUUUAUGCAGCUCUUUAUGAGCAGGUAGAGGAGACAGACGAAUCUGAAGACGAGAGCUCUAACGAGGAAGAGGAGGAGGGUGAUCUAUUGGCCGACCUGACAAGCGCUGCAGAGGACGCCUAUGCUAAAGCUGUGUCUGCGGCAUCUGACCAGUACGCUACGGCUGCAUCCAUCAUCUCGGCUCAAAUCUACGGAACUCCCAAGCCAGUCCACAAUCAGCUCUUUUCUUCCGUCUCCGCAGCCUAUGACAAUGCUGUUGCAGCAGCCAGCUCUCAGUUUGACGCAGUGGUAUCGGCUGCUUCUGCUGGAAUUCAAAGGACCACUACCGAGGAACCAAAGCCAACAUCCAUUCUGGAUUGGCAAAAGAAGGUAGAGUCUAUCGCCGCGCAGCGCCUCAACGAGGGUCGCGUGUGGGCAGAGAUCCAGUAUCAGAGUGCUGUCAUUGCUCUUGGCCUUGCCACUCCGACACCUACGCCGACAUCAAACGCCGAGAAGUUGUAUAGCCAGGCUAAGAUGAACUAUUACGCGGGCCUUGGUCUUGCACAAGACCGAUAUUCAAGUUUCCUUUCCGCUGCCUCUUCUGCCAUGUCGUCCCUUACAGCGACACCAACGCCAACUGACUUUGCAGGCACCCUUUCAUCGGUUGCCUCGAUCGCCACAGAGUCAGCCGCUUCCGUGAUCCAGGCGGCUGAGGAUGCAGCUGGCUCUGCCUAUUCCGCCGCGGCGGACAACGUUGCAUCCGCUAUCAAGGCCGUCGACGAUUCUAUCGAUUCUGCCAUUGACGCGGCAAGCGAACAGGUGUACUUGGCGGGCGCCGCCUUGGCGGAGACCUGGGACACGGUCCUCCAAACUCUAGAAGGACAAGUUUACGGAGAACAAAAGCAAAUUGGCUGGUAUGAAAAUUUCCUCAACGAGGCCAGUUCGGCCGUGUCAAGAGUUACGGCAGGAUCCGAGGACCCAUCUGCUACGGCAUCUAAGCAGUAUGCUGCUGUUACGGAUAUCGUAUCGGAGCUCCUGGUUGGAAAAGACGAUACGUUCCAGCAAAGUGUCCUGUCUAAGCUUCAAGCUGCCUACGCCACUGCCACGUCAAAUAUUGGCAGUGCCGCCAGUCAGGCCACCGAGGCCAUCAGAGCCAAGGUGCAGCACGACAAGGACGAGUUGUAA